GAGGGGCAUAAAAAUCCUGGUCGUCAGCGGACUGCAGGUGCCAGGCAGAGUUGGUGUAGUUUGCUGCAUCUGGAGGAGCUCACUGGAGAAUCUCCAACAUCAGAGCGGGCCUUCAACUACCAUCCCACCACCUGCUGAGGACAAAAAACCUUCAAGACUGAGAGCGCAUCGAGCACCAGAGGCCCUGUGACCUGGGACAGACCAGGGGAAGGGGACACCAUGCUGUGGACAUUCACUGUCUUGCUCUUUUCCAUUCGGCUGAAUUUUGGUAUGACAUCGAUAGUGAUGGAACCACAACCGGAGCUGUGGAUAGAAUCCAACUACCCCCAGGCCCCUUGGGAGAACAUCACGCUGUGGUGCCGAAGCCCCUCUCGGAUUUCAAGCAAGUUCCUGCUGCUGAAGGAUAAGACACAGAUGACCUGGAUCCGCCCUUCCUACAAGACCUUCCAAGUUUCAUUCCCCAUAGGUGCCCUAACUGAGUCCAAUAUAGGUCUUUACAGGUGCUGCUACUGGAAGGAGACAGGCUGGUCAAAACCCAGUAAAGUUCUAGAGUUGGAGGCACCAGGCCAGCUGCCCAAGCCUAUCUUCUGGAUCCAAGCUGAGACCCCCCCUCUUCCUGGAUGUAAUGUUAACAUCCUCUGCCAUGGCUGGCUGCAGGAUUUGGUGUUCAUGCUGUUUAAAGAGGGAUAUGCGGAGCCCGUGGAUUACCAAGUCCCAACCGGGACAAUGGCCAUAUUCUCCAUUGACAACAUGACACCUGAGGACGAAGGGGUUUAUAUAUGCCGCACUCACAUCCAGAUGCUCCCCGCCCUGUGGUCAGAGCCCAGCAACCCCCUGAAGCUGGUUGUAGCAGGACUCUACCCCAAACCAACUUUGACAGCCUAUCCUGGUCCCAUCAUGGCACCUGGAGAAAGCCUGAGUCUCAGGUGCCAAGGGCCAAUCUAUGGAAUGACCUUUGCUCUAAUGAGGCUUGAAGACUUGGAGAAGUCCUUUUACCACAAGAAGCCAAUAAAAAAUGAGGCAUAUUUCUUCUUCCGGUCUUUGAAGAUCCAAGAUACUGGACAUUACCUCUGCUUUUACUAUGAUGGGUCAUAUAGGGGUUCACUCCUCAGUGAUGUCUUGAAAAUCUGGGUCACUGACACUUUCCCCAAGACCUGGCUACUUGCUCGGCCCAAUCCUGUGGUCCAAGCGGGUCAGAACGUAAGCCUGCGGUGUCGAGGACCAAUGGAUGGAGUGGGGCUUGCACUCUAUAAGAAAGGAGAAGACAAACCACUUCAGUUCUUGGAUGCCGCCAGCAUCAAUAACAACAAGUCAUUUCUUCUCAACAACGUCACUAACAGUGAUUCUGGCAUCUAUAGCUGCCGCUAUCGUCUCACCUGGAAGACCUCCAUUAGGAUGGCAUCACACAACUCCGUGGAGCUUUUGGUUGUAGAUAAGCCCCCCAAACCCUCCCUGUCAGCUUGGCCUAGUACGGUGUUCAAGCUAGGAAAGUCCAUCACCCUUCAAUGCCGAGCAUCUCAUCCAGUGCUUGAAUUUUCUCUGGAAUGGGAAGAAAGGGCAACAUUUCAAAAAUUCUCAGUGGAUGGAGACUUCAUCAUCAGUAAUGUUGACGGGAAAGGCACAGGGACCUACAGUUGCAGCUAUCGCAUAGAGGCGCAUCCUAACAUCUGGUCACAUCGUAGUGAGCCUCUGAAGUUGAUGGGACCAGCAGGCUUUCUCACCUGGAAUUACAUCCUGAAUGAAGCUAUCAGGUUGUCCAUAUUCAUGCAGCUUGUUGCCUUGCUGUUUGUAGUGCUGUGGAUAAAGUGGAAGUGUCGGAGACUCAGAAUCAGAGAAGCCUGGUUGCUGGGAACAGCUCAAGGGGUCACCAUGCUCUUCAUAGUCACAGCUCUUCUCUGCUGUGCAAUUUCUUUUGCAGGACUGUGCAAUGGGGCAUUGAUAGAAGAGAAUGAAAUAAUCACGCCAACCCCUAAGCCUGAGCUGUGGGCAGAGACCAACUUCCCUCUGGCCCCGUGGAAGAACUUAACCCUGUGGUGCAGAAGCCCUUCUAGUUCAACUAAGGAGUUUGUGUUGCUGAAGGACGGGACUGGGUGGAUCGCAACUCGCCCGGCCACAGAGCAAGUCCGGGCUGCCUUCCCCCUUGGCGCCCUGACCCAGAGUCACACAGGAAGCUACCACUGCCAUUCAUGGGAGGAGAUGGCUGUGUCAGAGCCCAGUGAGGCACUUGAGCUGGUGGGGCCAGACAUCCUCCCCAGACCUGUCAUUGAUGCUGCUCCCCCAAUCUGGGGCCAGGAACUGCAAAUCCGGUGCAAAGGAUGGCUGGCAGGCUUGGGGUUUGCUCUGUAUAAGGAGGGAAAGGAGGAACCUGUUCAGCAACUUGGUGCCCUUGGGAGAGAAGCCUUCUUUAUAAUCCAAAGAAUGGAGGAUAAAGACGAAGGCAAUUAUAGCUGCCGCACUCACACUGAAAAGCACCCCUUCAAGUGGUCUCAGCCCAGCGAGCCCCUGGAGCUUGUCAUACAAGAAUUGUACCCCAAGCCCUUCUUCAAGACAUGGGCCAGCCCUGCGGUCGCCCCUGGUGCCCGAGUGACUUUCGAUUGCUCCACCCCCCUCCAGCACAUGAGCUUUAUUCUUUACAAAGAUGGAAGUGAAAUAGCGUCCAGUGACAAGUCUUGGACAAGGCCGGGGCCCAGUGCAGUUCACUUUCUGAUCAUUUCGGCAGGCAUCGGUGAUGGAGGGAAUUACAGCUGCCGCUAUUAUGACUUUGUUGUCUGGUCUGAGCCCAGCGACACUGUGGAGCUCGUGGUGACAGAAUUCUACCCUAAACCCACUCUCCUGGCAAAGCCAGGUCCUGUGGUACUUCCUGGGACAAAUGUGACCCUGCACUGCGAAGGGACUUCCCAGGGCAUGAGGUUUGCCCUCCUACAGGAGGGAACACAGGUUCCCAUACAGUUCCAGAGUGUCUCAGGGAACUCAGCUGACUUCCUCCUCCACACCGUCAAAGCAGAAGACUCUGGGAACUAUAGCUGUAUCUACUAUGAGACGACCAUGUCAAAUAGAGGGUCAUCUCUCAGCGCGCCCCUUAUGAUCUGGGUGACUGAUACAUUCCCCAAGCCAUGGUUAUUUGCUGAGCCCAGUUCUGUGAUUCCCAUGGGGCAGAAUGUUACUCUCUGGUGCCGAGGGCCACUCCAUGGAGUGGGAUACAUUCUGCACAAAGAAGGAGAUGCCACUUCUCUGCAGCGCUGGGGACCCACCAGUAAUGAUGGGGCAUUCCCCAUCACCAAUAUGUCCGGUGCUAGCAUUGGACGUUACAGCUGCUGCUACCACCCUAACUCGAGCAGCCCUAUCAAGAUACAGCCUAGCAACACCGUGGAACUCAUGGUCACAGGCUUACUCCCCAAACCCAGCCUAUUAGCUCAGCCUGGUCCCAUGGUGGCCCCUGGAGAAAAUAUGACUUUUCAGUGUCAAGGAGAAUUGCCAGACUCAACAUUUGUCCUGUUGAAGGAGGGGACUCAAGGGCCCUUAAAGAAACAGAGGCCAAGAGGGUACAGGGCUGACUUCUGGAUGCCAGCGGUGAGAGGUGACGAUUCUGGGAUCUAUAGCUGUGUUUAUUAUUUGGACUCUGCUCCCUUUGCAGCUUCAAAUCACAGUGACUCCCUGGAGAUCUGGGUGACUGAUAAGCCCCCUAAACCCUCUCUGGCAGCCUGGCCCAGCACCGUGUUCAAGCUAGGGAAGGAUAUCACUCUUCAGUGCCGAGGACCCCUACCAGGCGUUGAAUUUGUCCUAGAGCAUGAUGGAGAAGAAGCACCUCAGCAGUUCUCAGAGGAUGGAGACUUUGUCAUCAACAACUUAGAAGGAAAAGGCAUUGGAAACUAUAGCUGCAGCUACCGCCUCCAGGCCUACCCUGAUAUCUGGUCAGAGCCUAGUGAUUCCCUGGAGCUGGUGGGGGCAGCAGGGCCUGCUGCUCAGGAGUGUACCGUGGGGAACAUUGUCCGAAGUACCCUGAUCGUGGUGGUUAUCGUAGCCUUGGGUGUGGUGCUGGCCGUAGAGUGGAAAAAGUGGCCUCGACUCCGAACCAGGGGCUCAGAGACAGAUGGAAGAGACCAGACCAUAGCCCUGGAAGAGUGUAACCAAGGAGAAGCAGGCACCACCACCAACUCUCCCUCUUCAACCUCUCAAGGGAUCUCUGUGGAACUGCCAAUCCCAGUGUAAUAAUCUCCUUUACAAGAGCUUUCCUCUCCUCUCUUUUACCCUCAGAGAUCUGUAAAUCCAACUCAUUACCCUGGAAAUCAGCCCCAUCUACUGCUCCUUGGUCUUUAAUCACCUGAGCUGGGUCAAGGGAAUUCUGGGAGUUGAGAGCUCUACUAGGGUGAGGUAUUUCCCCAAGAGAGGUUCCCCACCCCUGUAACUCCUCACUGUACUGAUUUUCUGGUGCAUGAAAUUCUAUUAAAAAUGUGUUCUUCUGAAUAAAGAGUAUUCACUAUUUAACU